GGAGAGCUUACGCUGAGGUCCUCCUCACAGUGCGUUGAAGGCGCCUCGUGUCAAGGUCCUGCCGCCUCUGGAUCCUCUGCGGGUUGUCCCCUCUCUUCUGGAGGCCCGGAGCCCUUAAAGCUCAGCACAGCUUGGUGACAGCUAAUAUGGCCUUGAACCCCGUGUGCAUCUUGUAUCUCUCCUGUUUUCGUUUUUUUUUUUUUUUUUUUAGUCAGAACCCUCUCAGCCCUAGCCGAGUAGUGUUUAUUUUCCCUUCCCGGUACCAUGAACACGGUAGGUGUUCAUUGGACGUACUUGGUGGUUUGAAUCAUUUUGAUUGACACUGUGAACUGGGGGCAUUAUGCAUGCGACCACUGAAAGGUUGUAGUGGCAGUAAUGUAGGAUCCAGGGGACCUAGUCCCAUUGAUUUUGGAAGACUCGGCCUCCUUGGGGUGAGAUUCUGGCAGUUUCUGAACAUACAUGUAUUCAGAAAACGUGUGUUAAGUGUCUAGUAAGUGCUGGUAUUUGCCUAGAGAGCUACAGCUGGGAACAGAACACAGGUGAUUCCUGUCUCACAGAGCUUAAUAUACAUUGGAGGAGGCUAAUAACAAAAAAGCAUGUGGUGAGUGCUAUGUAAAAGGAAUUUCAUGGUGCUGUAAAGGGAAGGCCCUGGAAAUAUUCUUUUGCAUUGGGUGAUACAGAAAAUAAUACCGUAUAACUCUUUCCUUCCAACAGCUAGAAGUAAUAGAGAAGUUUCAAAACACUGAAAGUGUCGUGCAGAGAGGAAGAAGAAGGGUGAACUACUAGAGAGAACUCCCAAGGCAAAAUAAAAACAGGGGAAAUUUGCUACACUCAAGAAUGAUGGAUCCCUGUUCAGUGGGAGUCCAGCUUCGUACUACAAAUGAAUGCCAUAAAACAUACUAUACUCGUCAUACAGGCUUCAAGACUUUGCAAGAGUUGUCAUCAAAUGAUAUGCUUUUACUUCAACUUAGAACUGGAAUGACACUGUCUGGGAACAAUACAAUCUGUUUCCAUCAUGCAAAAAUUUACAUCGACAGAUUUGAGGAUUUGCAGAAGUCCUGUUGUGACCCAUUUAACAUACACAAAAAACUAGCCAAAAAAAAUUUGCAUGUGAUUGACUUAGAUGAUGCCACCUUCCUGAGUGCAAAAUUUGGAAGACAGCUUGUACCUGGUUGGAAGCUUUGUCCAAAAUGUACGCAGAUAAUCAAUGGAAGUGUGGAUGUGGAUGCUGAAGAGCGCCAGAAAAGAAAACCUGAUUCAGAUGGAAAAACUGCUAAAGCUUUGAGGUCGUUACAAUUUACAAACCCAGGAAAGCAAACGGAAUUUGCUCCAGAAAGCGGUAAAAGAGAAAAAAGAAGGUUUACAAAAAAUACACCCGCUGGUUCAGACAGGCAGGUGAUACCGGCAAAAAGUAAGGUCUAUGAUAGCCAGGGUCUCCUGAUUUUCAGUGGGAUGGACCUCUGCGACUGCCUUGAUGAAGAUUGCUUAGGAUGUUUCUAUGCUUGUCCUGCCUGUGGUUCUACCAAAUGUGGAGCUGAAUGCCGCUGUGACCGCAAGUGGCUAUAUGAGCAAAUUGAAAUAGAAGGAGGAGAAAUAAUUCAUAAUAAGCAUGCAGGGUAAUUUGUGGUAUCAAGCUAUGAGGUCCUUUGAAGGUCCUUUAUUUAUUGUAAAACUGUAAUUCUGAAAUUAUACUAACAUUUUAAACUUGAUUGCCAAUAACAGAUUUGAAAAGCAUCUCAGAGUGCACAAUUGUUGCUUUUGGGUUACUUUCAGGUACGUUAUUUGACUUAAAUUUAGAUGGGCAGUCAGCUUUAAGCUCAACUGUCUGGGUCGCUGUAAACAAGUAGAGUGUAGGGUAUAGGUGGUCCUCGAUUUGCACAGUUCCAGUAUGCACAAAUUUCAGUUAUCACACUUUAGUUAAAUAAUACCAGUCUCUCUGACAACAGUGUUGAAAUUUCAGUUACCACAAUAUAUUAACUGUGAGUAAUUUGCAUAAAGUGCAAACUUCCCUGCUCUUCAGUCCUCAAUUCAUUGUGUAAAUAACAGAUGCAGAUCAUGAGCAGUGACCACAUCACUUCUAAAAUCUAUCGAUGAUUGGUCACUGCACAUCUGUUACUCUGUGAGAGUGACAGUUUACAAAAAUGGAUCAUCAGAAGAGAAAAUUGGCCAACAAAUAUGGUGCAGCAAAGAAAUGAAAAGUGGUAACACUGAAAGGGAAAUAGGAAUCAAACAUGAAUAGAGCUCUAGAAGAAAUAACUGAUCUUGGGAAUGUUGACCCUGCUGCUAUUCUAAAGACUCUAGAACAUCCAGAGCCAGACUCCAGAUAUGCAGCCAGAGGAACUCAGUGAAGACACAUUUAUCAACAUAAAUUAGGGAAGUAGUUACGAUGAAAAGGAUGACUCUGCACCAGAGGAAGUGAUGCCAGAAAACUUCACGUUAAAGGAACUGUUGGAAAUAUUUCACAUUGAAAGCGCAAAGAAUAAAAUGUCGCAGUUGGUCUAAGUUAAAGGGAGUAUGAAAAAUUUUCCACAGUGUACAAAAGAUACUCAUUUAAUAUCAUAAAUUAUUUGACAAAAAGAAGACAAGCAUGUUUAUAGUACUCUUGAUUAGUUUUUUACAGUGAAAUAUACCUUGAUUCUCAGUGUUUCUAACGUUAGAAAUUAUAGUGUACUGAAAAAGCAUUUAUUUUCCUGGUUUUUUUUUCUCAUUUUGUUAUAUGUUUAUGACCAACAGUAAGAAUUUUUAAUAUUUUGACAAAAAUGUAUAAAGGUCAUGGAACAAUCAUAAUUUACCAUAUUGAUUAUUGAGAUAGCUUUACAUGGCCAUUUUGUGGUUCCACACUACUGUGCAAAAUUAGGACUGACUGUAGCUGACAACAGUGCCUGACUUCAGGAAAAAGUGAUGUUGAUACAAUUGAGUAGUUGAGUGUUAAACUAUUUUGGAAAUAGUCUACGUAUUUAAGUGUUAGUACAUAUAAUUUCUUUUUAUUCUCCCUGCUUUUCAAGUAAAUGUGUUAAUAUUAUAAACCUUUCAUUGUUUAAGCAUGUAUUCUUGGUGAAAUUUGUUCUUGGAGGGGACAAAAAAAUCUUUUUUUUAAUGUUUAAAUCUCAGAAAAUAUACAGUACAUAAGCAGAUAGACAUAUCUGUGGUAUUAGAAUUUAAUGGGAGGAGGUGCCAAUUAGGAUAAAAUGGCCUAAAAACACUCCUUAAGGAAGUGAUAAUGAAAAAAAGGUGGAGAAACACUGCUUAAGACAUAAGGUAUAAAUAAAUAUUUUGGAAAUGGAUUGCUAUUUCAGAGUGUGUUGUUUUAAGGAUGGGGUUGGAGCUGGUAUCUUCCCUCUGCCCUUUUGCUAAGAUGGCUACCUGUCAUUCUGUCUAAAAACUUCUGUCACCUUGGGCAUUGCCCCUAAAUUAGGUUUUUGUUUAGUUUUUCUUUCCCUAAAUAAAGUAUUUCAAUUUAACCAAAUGAGUUUUUAGCAAUUUGAACUUAAACAGCCAGUUGAAUUGACCGUUAGAGAUUUAUUUUUAUUCCUGUACUUAUGCUGUCUCUUUAAAAUGACUGGUUUUACUUUGAUGAAAUGCCAUUUUAAACCAUGGAAUUAAAUGUCGUUUUUAAGCUGUAAUUGUUCACUGAUCUGGUUAUCAGAAGUACAAUUAGGUUAUCAAUUCCUUAGUCCAUAUAUUUCAGCUAAGCACUGGCAAAAGAAUAAUUUUAUUUACUUAACUACUUGUUUUGUUUUUUCUGAAUUAAAUACUUUAUUCUAGAAAAUGCAAACAGAGUCCAAUUUCAUUUGAAUUUCCACAAUCAUUCCCCACCAAAAAACCAAACCAGUAGCCAUGGAGUCAGUUCCGAUUCAUCGCAACCUCAUGUGUUUCAGAGUAGAAAUGCACUCCGUAGGGUUUUCUUAUGGCUGUGAUCUUUCUGAAGUAGAUAGGCCUUUCUUACAAGGUGCCUCUGAGUGGAUUCAAAUCACUCACCUUUUGGUUAGUAGCUAAGCAUUUAACUGCACCACCCAAGGACUCCAGGAUCAUUACCCAUACUCAUACGCAUUGCCAUGGAAUCAAUUCCAACUCAUAGUGACUGUAUAGGACAGAGCAGAACUGCCCUGUAGGGUUUCCAAGGCUGUGAUCUUUCGGGAGCAGACUGCUACAUCUUUCUCCUAUAGAGUGGCUGGUGGGUUUGAACCACUGACCUUUUGGUUAGCAUCUGAUUGCUUAACCACUGCCACCAAGGCUUCUCUAGGGUUAUUAGACCUUAAUUGCAUUACGAGCAACAUCAUUUUUGUUGCUUUUAAGUACGAGUUAGUACACUGCUUCAGCUCUUGAGGACAAAUUUAAAACUAAUUUUUUAUUUAAAGCAAAUAUCUUUUUGAUGGAAUAAAUGGCUUCAGAAUUCAAACUACUAUAUUUCAGGAUUCCUAAAUAGACAUUUCUGUAUUUCAAAAAUGAGUAAUAAUUACAUCCUCACGGUAAAAUUUCUUGAAUGAUUUUGUCAGUGACUUCAUCAUGUCCAUUCAACAAAUCAAACUUUUAAUGAGCAUGCACAGUGCUUACAGAGAACGGUAUAUCUCCUUUAAAGCAUGGCUGUAAUAAAUGUAGCGUCUUUGAGAAAAUUACAUCACAAGUUCACUUACUAUUUUUUAAUAUUAUUGACAUAUAGAAUAUAAUGAAAUCUAGACCUUUUUUAUUUUACAUGAAUAUGAUGCAAGGUAGCUAAAUUAUUUUAGAAUGCUAUUAAUCUAAAAUUGCAGGCCUUACUGGAGAAGAUAAAGGAGCCCUGGGGGCACAGUGGUUAAAGCGCUCGGCUGCUAAUUGAAAGGUCUUCGAUUUGAACCCACCAGCCAUUCUGUGGGAGAAAGAUGUGGCAAUCUUUAAAGAUUUAGUCUGUAAAUAUUUAUAGCCUUGGAAACCCUUGGGGCAGUUCUACUGUGCUCUGUGGGGUCACUGAGUCAGAAUCAACUUGACAGCAACGGGUUUGAUUUUGGUUUUUGGAGUGAGGUUAGUAUCAGACCACUGCAUUGUGAUGGAUCUCCAUGGUUUUGUAACUCCAACCAAGUGACUGGUGGGACUGUGCAAAUGAGGUGCUUGUAGCCAACCAAAGGGGAUUGGAUAGCUUGCUAAUAAUGUAAAUAAGGUACAUGGCCCCCUUGUGGAGAUAGCAUGUAAAUAAGGUGUAUGGAACUCUUAACGAGGGGAUUGGUCAGUUUUGCCAUCUCACUAGGCUUAAAGGGAGACAGAGGAGCUGUAACGUGGAAGACAGCGAGAGAUGGUAGUGGUAGACGGUAGGUAUCAGGAGACUGGCAUGCGAUGGCUGCUGUGGGGCUUGCCGACCCAUGGAGCUAAGAGGUUAACACUUGCCCAAAAAGGUCCCCAGCAGGGCCUAGCAGCAGAGGGUGAAAAGAACCUGUCCUGAUCCAGGAACUAUGUCCUGAGUUGUUUUUCCUGUUACUUCCAAGUUGAUCCCGAUCACGAGUUGUACACUGCUACUUCCCAAAUAAAACACUGAACAGUAAGUACAGUUCGUGAGUUCUGUGAGACGUUGCAGCAAAUUACUGAGCCCAAAGAUGGGAGGGUAGUGAGGGGAAGAGAACUAUUUAACAUUAGAGAUGAUGGAGUGGUACAGCAGUUUGAAAAAGUUGGACAUUUGGGACAUAUUUAACCUCCACCUCAUAGGAGCCAGCUUUGUGCUGAUCCUUCUAAAAGAAAUUUUUCAUUUAACCACAAACACUGACUUUAGAAAUGUGUGUCUAUAUUUGGGUUAAAAAUGGCAUUCCAUAUGAUCAUUUUCCUAUUUGCUUUCUACAAAUGUAAGAAAAUACCUUUGGAAUAUCGUACAUAGGAUUCUUCUAUUUUUAAAAUAUCUUAAUGUCUCAUUCUGUAUAACAAGCUGUUCCACAACCUAACAGUCUAUUCUAAAACUGCUUUCCUGGCAUGGAUUCAAUCAAGUAGUUUUUACAGAUGAAUUUUGAAGUGUAUAUAUAUAUAUAUAUAUAUAAACAAUUACUUAUUAAUAAAUACAAUUUUACUAAGUUACAGCAUGGUUCUCAACUUGUAGGAGAUCAGGCACCCGUGUGAGAAGCUGAAUAAAGCUAUGAACUGUCUCCCCAGAAAAAUACACGUAUUUACGUACUCAAACAUUCCACGUUCAGAACCCCAGAACAUUAGAGUGUCCGGGGAAUAUGAAGUAUUCUGUAAACCAUUUGAUUUUUUUAACGUGAAGAUGGAUGACUAAAAUUUAUUUAGUUUUGUUUGUUAUACCAAGACAGCUUGUGUGAACACAACUGUCAGAAUGGUUUAGUCCUUUGAAAGAGCUGUUGCUACCCUGAAAGAUGAGAUCCCACUGUGCCCUCUCCCAACCCUCCCAUCACCAGAAAGGUAAUUACAAGUUGAGUCGUGAUGUAUAAAACUGAGAUGUCUUGUCUAGGCUGAGUUUUGGUAAGUAGAGAUUAUUACUUACAUUAUGGUAACCCUGCUACAAAUAGCUUAACAUCCUUGUGCAAAAUUCGCGUCGCUGCCUUAGUUUUUGCUGACAUCUACUGGUAUUUUCAUGAAAAUAAACUCUCCACUGCUGCUGCUUCCAUUAAAUCUCUUCACUUCCCAACUAUUCACA